AGCAUUUAAAGGCCCGCUCGCUCUGAGUCUGGCGUGAGUCUUUCCGGUGUGGCGUGUGCGGGCUGUGCUGUGCGCUUCCAGAUUGGACAAAUUCGGAUUUUUUUUUGUUUGGUUUGGUUUCCUUCUCUCCUUGAGCGUAGAAAGCUCCGCGCCCGUCCCACGCCGCAUUCACGUGCCGACGCGCCGCCCCCCCCUCCUUCUUUUGGGGGGUCCUUUACUAAACUAUUAGUCUCGGACGCGGGCGCGCCUUUAAACAGGACAGGAGCUCGCCGAGAGGGGACCGAGCGGGGCUGUGCUUCUCUCCGGUCUGUCCUGCUGUACGAUAAGAAGAACAGACUUUUCUUUUUUUUUUUUCUUCCCCCUGUCGGUCUUCCGGGGGAGGGAUACGGCAGGACUUGAGGGCUGAAUCAAGUCCACGAACAAUUUGUUUUAAAGUGAAUUUCCCCCCCCCCCCGCGGGACGGCUUCGUCUUGUGAUCUGCACCUCCGCGGGACGGGCGACUGCUUGCGCGCUGCCCGGCAAGCCCCUGCCAUGGUGAACAGCCGGUCGGAGGCGGUGGCGGUGGCGGGGGGCGGCUCCCCUCCCCGCUCGUGCGCCGGCUGCGGCGGCCGGAUCGCGGACCGCUUCCUCUUGUACUCCAUGGACCACUACUGGCACACCCGCUGCCUGAAGUGCUCCUGCUGCCAGGCCCAGCUGGGCGAGAUCGGCACGUCCUGCUACAGCAAGAGCGGGAUGAUCCUGUGCAGGAACGACUACCUCAGGAACCGGCUGGUCCCCGGCGACCGCUUCCACUACGUCAACGGGACCAUCUUCUGCGAACACGACCGGCCCAGCGGCGCCGCCCUGCUGUCCAGCCACCUGCCCCCCCUACAGAGCAGUGCGCUGCUGCCUGACCAGAAGGUCUGCUGAGGUGGUGGUCCUGGGUUUGGGGACGCAGGAGGGAGAGGGACAGAGCGCGAGGACAGUUGGGGUGGGGGGGGGACUCCGUCCCUCUCCCUUCCCACCGGCGUCCCCCGCCGACAGAAGGACACUUUCGAUCUGCUCCUGAUUUUUCGGUGUUGUGGCGUCGCCUCGUCGUAAUGUCACUGGACCAGAAUAAAUUAUUUUUGGAAAACAAGAAUGGGGGGUGGGGGAGAGGGAGAGAUCUAUGUCCAUAUAUAUAUUUGUAUAUACUAUAAAAAGAGAAUGAUCAGAUUUGGGAGGAGAGAAGGACAGGGAGGAGAUGCUGGGCCAGGCAACGGCAGAGAUUUGUCCAGUUAAGAGACUGGAGUGGGCUGAAGAGGAGGGACCAGUGCCCAGGGCUCAUCAGGAUCCACGUGGAGACCUA